CAAGCUUAACGUUAUGUAUAUUUGGAUUAUGUCUUUUGAUAAUUGGAUCAAUUAUGCUUAUCUCUAGAGAGAAGGAGAUGGAAAAUACAAGUCAAUUCGAUUGUGGAAUUACAACAAACUGGUCAAAUAGUACACAGUCAAAACAACUGCAAAGAUUAGGCAAUAGACGACGAUGUUACAGUACAGGGUUAAAUGAAUCUACCUUGAUUACAAGCAUACCAAAUAUUUCCAUGAAACCGCUAAUGGAUAUAACAAACCCAUUUCAAACAACUAGUAGUAUGAAAUAUAACGAUUCCAACUAUAUUCUUUUAGCUGCAACUAAUUGUUCAAAUAUUCAGUCUAAUUUUAAUAAUACAAAUACGAUGCAUAAUUUACUCGAUGGAGGAAUCAACGGCGGCAUAACUCUGUCAAACACUGAAAGGAAUCCUGUUUUGUAUCCAAGUAGCCGCUUGCGUCUUGGAGAAAUUUUCUAA